AUGCCACCAGCUAUAGACACAACAACACCAGCUGGUAACCUAAGGAAACAAAGUAAUGACAUAGAUUAUUCAAAGGUAUCAUCUUUGACUGAAUUAGAAGCUUCGGUGCUAACAGAAUAUCAAAAUUUGAAUAACACAUUAAUUAAAAUAAAUCAACAAUUAAAAAGUCUAACUACUACAAAUCCAAUAUUAGAUAAUGAACAAGAAUCUAAAGAACAACAACCAAGUGAAAGUGUAAUUUUGAUAGAAAAUUUGAGGAAAUUGGAAACUAAAAUAUCUUUCAUUUAUACUUUUUUCAAAGGUGCAGUUUAUACAUUAUAUGCAAAUGAAGGAGAAGGAGAAGAAGAAGAAGAAAUUAUAGAAUCCAUUACUUAUGAUAAUGAUGGAGAAGAAGAGCAUGAAGGAGAAGAAAUAAAGGAACAUCGAGCAAAAGAAAGACCUGAAAUUUCUGAAAAUGAAUUGCUGAGUAUUUCAAAUUACAAUGACUAA